AAAUGGUUCAUUAAGUAAAACAUUUGAUAAGCAUUGAUUAAUAUCUUUAUUAAGUAGAUUAUUGAUAUUAUAUUACUAAACGGUGCGCAUGUAAACAGUGACGACUCUGUCGUGGCAUUUACAGAUUCGACAAGCAGACAGUUUUGUGCAAUCCAAUGUGUCCAAGGUAGUCCCUGUUGUAUCGUAAAUGAAGAAGAUGUACAGUACGAAUAUGAAGGUUGAGAUCGCCAUGAGAGUUUUUCUCAUUGGCUUCUUUUUCUAUACAGAUAAAGCUCCUGGGUUCAGAAGAAAAAUACAGCCAGAGGAGUUUUGGUUGUACAACUUCCCCAGAUCUGAAAGCUACUAUCCCAGCAGCUAUUUAUGGCUAACAGUGUUUUGUGUGCCUUCCCUCACGGCCUGGUGUGUGUACCAGUUCACCAAGGAUCUUGUCGAUACGGUCCAAUUUCUACUAGGUGUGUAUAUGUCUGUGUUUCUCACGGCGGACAUAACCAACUGUCUGAAACUUACUGUUGGAAGGCCGCGUCCAGACUUUCUAGCACGCUGUUUCCCUGACGGUAACGUCGAGGACCCUGAGAAGUGCAAGGGCAGUCUGAAGGACGUCAUAGACGGGUACAAGAGCUUCCCCAGCGGACACAGUGCAUUGAUCUUUGGCUGCCUUGCAUACAUUGCCUUGUAUCUAGCCGGGAAACUACACGUGUGUAAUGCUCGUGGCAGAGGCAGUGCUUGGCGGAUAGUGUGUGUUAUACUGCCGUUGUUAUGGGCCACCCUGGUCGCGGUCUCACGAACUGCGGACUACCACCACCAUUGGCAAGAUGUUACAGUGGGCAGUAUACUAGGGCUGGUGAUAUCUUUUGUGACGUAUCGCUCCUAUUACCCGUCCCUGAUGCGUUUGAAUUCCGAUGUUCCAUACGUGUCAAUAAGCAACACUGUAACCAUACCAUACACUGACAGACUGACAAUGCCAGAGGUGGCGAUAUCCAUGAGUGGACCAUUAGACACAUUGAAAACCACAUGACCACUGCAAUGAUGGGUAUAUGACCGUAAAACUCAGUCUAUCGCUACCAGCGGACAACAACAUGAGGACUAUUCUAUCAGAAGUGUUCUGGCCAUUAAAGUUAUUGUCGUGGUCCAUUUGAUCGACUUUCAUGAGAGUUUUGCGUUUGGCAGCAUAUGGAAGGUUAAGCAGUUAGUGAUUCAUAUAAGAUUGGUUUAAUUGCUUUAGUGUUUGAGUUAUAAAUAAGAAACAGAAAAAAUAUCAAUUUCAAGUAAGCAAACAUUCUUGAAAUAUUUCUUGUUAAAGGGACUUUUUCUCUGAUGAGCACAGAGAAACAACACAGUAAAUUUUAUAUUAUGUAUGUUUAUAUAAUUGGGUCAUUUCAAGCGCACCACAGUAAAUUAUAUAAUAUGUUUGUACAUGUAAUAGGGUCUUUCUAAGCGCACCACAGUAAAUGAUAUGUAUAUACAUAUCACUGGGCCAUUUCAAGUGCACCACAGUAAAUUAUAUAUUUUGUAUGUACAUAUAAUUGGGCCAUUUCAAGCGCACCCCAGUAAAUUAUAUAUUAUUCAUGUACAUAUAAUUGGGCCAUUUCAAGCGCACCACAGUAACUUAUAUAUUAUCUAUUUAUAUAUAAUUGGGACAUUUCAAAUGUUUGUAGACAAGAUAAUGCACUUAAUGCACUUUAUUAUCCCCCACCAUAGGCGGAGAGAUAUUGUUUUGGCCUUGUCCGUUCGUCUUUUCGUCCGUCCGGCACUUUUGUGUCCAGAGCCAUAUCUUGGAAGUGCUUUGGCGGAUUUCAUUGAAACUUGGUAUGAGUAUAUAUAUGGAUAAGAGGAUGAUGCACUCCAAAUGGCACUGUACACCAUCUGUUAAUAACGGAGUUAUGGCCCUUCCUUUGUAUCUUGAAAAAAUGCUUUUUUGUGUUUGGAGCCAUAUCUUGGAAGUGCUUUGGCGGAUUUCGUUGAAACUUGGUAUGAGUAUAUAUAUGGAUAAGAGGAUGAUGCUUACCAAAUGGCAUUGUACACCAAUGGAUAAUAACAGAGUUUUGGCCCUAUGUAUCUUGAAAAAAUGCUUUUUUGUGAGUCCGGAGCCAUAUCUUGGAAGUGCUUUGACGGAUUUCAUUGAAACUUGGUAUAAGUAUGUUAAUGGAUAAGAGGAUAAUGUUGGCGUUGUCCACCCGUCCAAAAGUAUUUUGGCCGGGGAUAUCAAUUCAACGAAUUUGCUUGUUUACUAUAUAACAAUGUGAAAAUGGAUACAAUUGCAAUACUUAUAUGACAACAGCUAUAUGGUUCAUACAACUGUCAUGUGAUUGUAAAGUUGCGAAACUUCUUCUUUCGGUUGAAUUUUUUAUUGUAAAAAUACUUAAAGUUUCCCUUUCUGAAAUAUAAUUGGUCACCAUAAUCCUAAAAGAUGGGAAACAAAUUUAAACAAGAAGCUUUAAAAGUGGAGACUAUUGUCAUCUAAUACUUCCAGUUUAGGAGUGCUUUAGAGUUUCAACAUGGUCUUGCGUUUUUAGCUCCACUGAGCUUUUGUGAUUGCUUUUUGUCCGUUGUGCGUUGUACGGCGUCAACAUUUGCCUUGUAAACUCUCUAGAGGCCACAUUUAUUGUCCAAUCUUCAUGAAAUUUGGUCAGAAGAUUGGUUUCAAUGAUAUCUUAGAUGAGUUCGAAAAUGGUAUAGUCUUGAAAAACAUGGCUGCCAAGGGGCGGGGCAUUUUACCUUAUAUGGCUAUAUAUGGCUAUAGUAAAAUCUUGUUAACACUCUAGAGGCCACAUUUAUUGUCUUAUCUUCAUAAAACUUGGUCAGAUGAUUCAUUCCAAUAAUAUCUUGGACGUGUUCGAAAAUGCUGCCGAUUGGUUGAAAACAUGGCCGCCAGGGGGCGGGGCAUUUUUCCUUAUAUGCCUAUAGUAAAACCUUGUUAACACUCUAGAGGCCACAUUUAUUUUCCGAUCUUCAUGAAACUUGCUCAGAAGAUUUGUCCGACUGAUAUCUUGGAUGAGUUCAAAAAUGGUAACCUUGGCUUGAAAAACAUGGCUGCCAGGGGGCGGGGCAUUUUUCCUUAUAUGGCUAUAGUAAAAUCUUAUUAACACUCUAGAUGCCACAUUUAUUGUCCAAUCUUCAUGAAACUUGGUCAGAAGAUUCAUCCCAAUAAUAUCUUGGACGAGUUCGAAAAUGAUGCUGGUUG